AUGCGCGGGGCAGCCGGCCGUGGUGCUAGGCGGCGCGGCCAGCGCGGCGCAGCCGACGCGGUCCGGGACCCGGAGACGGCCGAGCCGAGGGCGAAGGCGGCCCGGCGGGGCGGAGCUGGCGGGCGCGCGGAGGCGGGCGCCGGCUGGGAGGCGACCCGGCGAGCAGGCGGUGGCGCGGGGACGGCGACUCGGCGCGCGCGGGGAAGCCGACUGCCGGACGGGGCCCAGCCGGGGGACGCGAGGACGCGCGCGAGGCGAGGCGGGGCCAGCAGCGGCCAGUCGUCGCGGGAGGAGAUGGCGUGGCGCGGGCCAGGCGGCUGCAGCUGGCAGGCGCGGAGGCGGCCGGAGGCCGGGCACAGCACGAGUCGGCUGGCGGCGAGCCAGACGGCCACGAGCGGAGGCGACCAAACGGGUGCUCGGAGCCGGCUGGUGGCGGAGCCAGCCGUCCGGCCUGGGGCGGAGACGGCAGGCAGCAGGAGCCGGGCGCGGGUUGGUGGAGGCGGAGCUGGGGCGCGGGUUGGUGGAGGCAGAGCCUAG